CCCCCAUCUGCUGUUUGGGAGGAACCCAGACUGCUCUGAGGACCCCCUCUGAGGACCCCCUCUGAGGACCCCCUCUGGUCACUCUAUAAAAUGGUUCAGUUCUGAAGACUCGGUUCUUUCGGAUGUCGGGAUGGCCGACCGAGAGUUCAGAGUGUUUGGGGGGAGUUCUCCGUUGCCAAUCAGCAUUCAGCAGGUCACACACACCAAGAUCUUCAUCAACAACGAGUGGCGCCGGUCCAUUCGAGGCAGAACUUUCCCCACCCAGAACCCCGCCACGGGAACCGAAAUCUGCCAAGUGGAGGAGGCUGGAAAGGACGAUGUGGAUGAGGCGGUGGCAGCAGCCAAGGCAGCCAUGCAGAACGGCUCCUCGUGGCGGAGGAUGGACUCUUGUGGGCGGGGCAGGCUCCUGAACAAACUGGCUGACCUGGUGGAGAGGGACCGCCUUCUUUUGGCGACCUUGGAAACCUUAGACACCGGAAAACCGUUCCUGCAAUCCUACUUCAUGGACCUGGAGGGUAGUAUCAGAACGCUGCGUUACUUCGCCGGCUGGGCCGAUAAGAACCACGGUCAGAGCAUUCCCACAGAUGAAGGCUUCCUCUGCUUGACCAGACAUGAGCCCGUGGGGGUGUGCGGCGCCAUCGUUCCUUGGAACUUCCCUCUGCUGAUGUUCACCUGGAAGCUCGGCCCUGCGCUCAGCUGUGGAAACACGCUGGUCAUCAAACCGGCGGAGCAGACCCCCCUCACUGCGCUGCACAUGGGAUCCCUCAUUCAAGAGGCCAAGUUUCCUGCUGGAGUUGUGAACAUCGUUCCUGGCUUUGGAACCACUGCUGGAGCGGCCAUCACUAACCACAUGGACGUGGACAAAGUGACCUUCACCGGCUCCACCGCGGUGGGUCAGCUGGUGUUGGCAGCAGCAGCUUCCAGUAAUCUGAAGAGAGUGACUCUGGAGCUGGGAGGAAACAACGCCUGCAUCGUCUUUGCUGACUGUGACUUGGAGCUGGCUGUGGAGUACGCUCAGAACGGAGCAUUUUAUAACCAGGGUCAGUGCUGCACGGCCGCGUCUCGGAUCUUUGUGCAGGACGCCGUCUAUGAGGAGUUUGUGCGUCGCAGCGUGGAAAAGGCGAAGACGAUCGUCAUCGGAGACCCGCUGGACCCACGGACGUCCCAUGGGCCGCAGAUUGACCGAAGACAGUUUGAUAAAGUCAUGGAUCUGAUCAAGAGCGCCGCAGAGGAAGGGGCCACGCUGGAGUUCGGAGGGGGGGCUGUCAGCAACAGGAGCCUCUUCAUCCAGCCCACUAUUUUCUCUGGGGUCAAAGAUCACAUGCGAAUUGCCAAGGAGGAGAUCUUCGGCCCGGUUCAGUGCAUCUUCCGGUUCAGCAGCCAGCAGGAGGCUGUGGACAGAGCCAACCGCUCCCAGCUGGGUCUGGUGUCGGCCAUCUUCACCUCCAGCAUGGACCGGGCUCUGUCUGUUUCUGCUGCCAUGGAGACCGGAACUGUUUGGGUGAACUGCUACAACGCCCUCCACGUCCAGACCCCAUUCGGAGGUUUCAAGAUGUCGGGCGUCGGCCGAGAGCUGGGGCAGUAUGCUCUGGCCGCAUACUCGGAGGUGAAAACCGUCACCAUGAAGUGCAGAAAGAUGCUGUGAAAAACAGCUUCCUGAAGACCAAGUCACAGCAAAGUCACCAUGAACCCAACGGGUCUGGAUUACAGAUCAUGUUACACUUUGUAUCAUCAUGAAGACUGGACUUUGGAAGAAGUUUUAGCUUCAUGUAGAUCUGAUCCUAGAUAAGUUUUGGCUUCAUGUAGAUCUGAUCCUAGAUAAGUUUCAUCCGGAUCUGAUCCUAGAGAAACUUCAGCUUCAUGUAGAUCUGAUCCUAGAGAAGCUUCAGUUUCAUGUAGAUCUGAUCCUAGAUAAGUUUUGGCUUCAUGUAGAUCUGAUCCUAGAGAAGUUUCAUCUGGAUCUGAUCCUAGAGAAACUUCAGCUUCAUGUAGAUCUGAUCCAAGAGAAACUUCAGCUUCAUGUAGAUCUGAUCCUAGAUAAGUUUUAUCCGGAUCUGAUCCUAAAGAAACUUCAGCUUCAUGUAGAUCUGAUCCUAGAGAAGCUUCAGUUUCAUGUAGAUCUGAUCCUAGAGAAGUUUCAUCUGGAUCUGAUCCUAGAGAAACUUCAGCUUCAUGUAGAUCUGAUCCUAGAAAAACUUCAUCUUCAUGUAGAUCUGAUCCUAGAGAAAUUUAAUCGUCAUGUAGAUCUGAUCCGAGAGAAACUUCAGCUUCAUGUAGAUCUGAUCCUAGAGAUGUUUCAUCUGGAUCUGAUCCUAGAGAAACUUCAGCUUCAUGUAGAUGUGAUCCUAGAGAAGUUUUGGCUUCAUGUAGAUCUGAUCCUAGAGAAGUUUCAUCCGGAUCUGAUCCUAGAGAAACUUCAUCUUCAUGUAGAUUUGAUCUUAGAGAAGUUUUAGCUUCAUGUAGAUCUGAUCCUAGAUAAGUUUUGGCUUCAUGUAGAUCUGAUCCUAGAGAAGUUUCAUCUGGAUCUGAUCCUAGAGAAACUUCAGCUUCAUGUAGAUCUGAUCUGAGAGAAACUUCAGCUUCAUGUAGAUCUGAUCCUAGAGAAGCUUCAGUUUCAUGUAGAUCUGAUCCUAGAGAAGUUUCAUCCGGAUCUGAUCCUAGAGAAACUUCAGCUUCAUGUAGAUCUGAUCCUAAAUAGGUUUUGGUUAAAUGUAGAUCUGAUCCUAAAGAAACUUCAGCUUCAUGUAGAUCUGAUCCUAGAGAAGUUUCAUCUGGAUCUGAUCCGAGAGAAACUUCAGCGUCAUGUAGAUCUGAUCCUAGAGAAGUUUCAUCCGGAUCUGAUCCUAGAGAAACUUCAGCUUCAUGUAGAUCUGAUCCUAAAUAGGUUUUGGUUAAAUGUAGAUCUGAUCCUAAAAAAACUUCAGCUUCAUGUAGAUCUGAUCCUAGAGAAGCUUCAGUUUCAUGUAAAUCUGAUCCUAGAGAAACUUCAGCUUCAUGUAGAUCUGAUCCUAGAGAAGUUUUGGCUUCAUGUAGAUCUGAUCCAAGAGAAGUUUCAUCCGGAUCUGAUCCUAAAGAAACUUCAACUUCAUGUAGAUCUGAUCCUAGAGAUGUUUCAUCUGGAUCUGAUCCUAGAGAAACUUCAGCUUAAUGUAGAUCUGAUCCUAGAAAAACUUCAUCUUCAUGUAGAUCUGAUCUUAGAGAAAUUUAAUCUUCAUGUAGAUCUGAUCCCAGAGAAACUUCAGCUUCAUGUAGAUCUGAUCCUAGAGAAGUUUCAUCUGGAUCUGAUCCGAGAGAAACUUCAGCUUCAUGUAGAUCUGAUCCUAGAGAAGUUUCAUCCAGAUCUGAUCCUAGAGAAACUUCAGCUUCAUGUAGAUCUGAUCCUAAAUAGGUUUUGGUUAAAUGUAGAUCUGAUCCUAAAGAAACUUCAGCUUCAUGUAGAUCUGAUCCUAGAGAAGCUUCAGUUUCAUGUAAAUCUGAUCCUAGAGAAACUUCAGCUUCAUGUAGAUCUGAUCCUAGAGAAGUUUUGGCUUCAUGUAGAUCUGAUCCUAGAGAAGUUUCAUCCAGAUCUGAUCUUAAAGAAACUUCAUCUUCAUGUAGAUCUGAUCCUAGAGAUGUUUCAUCUGGAUCUGAUCCUAGAGAAACUUCAGCUUCAUGUAGAUCUGAUCCGAGAGAAACUCCAGCUUCAUGUAGAUCUGAUCUUAGAUAAGUUUUAUCCGGAUCUGAUCCUAGAGAAACUUCAUCUUCAUGUAGAUCUGAUCCUAGAGAAGUUUCAUCUGGAUCUGAUCCUAGAGAAACUUCAUCUUCAUGUAGAUUUGAUCCUAGAGAAGUUUUAGCUUCAUGUAGAUCUGAUCCUAGAUACGUUUUGGCUUCAUGUAGGUCUGAUCCUAGAGAAGUUUCAUCUGGAUCUGAUCCUAGAGAAACUUCAGCUUCAUGUAGAUCUGAUCCGAGAGAAACUUCAGCUUCAUGUAGAUCUGAUCCUAGAUAAGUUUUAUCCGGAUCUGAUCCUAAAGAAACUUCAGCUUCAUAUAGAUCUGAUCCUAGAGAAGCUUCAGUUUCAUGUAGAUCUGAUCCUAGAGAAGUUUCAUCUGGAUCGGAUCCUAGAGAAACUUCAGCUUCAUGUAGAUCUGAUCCGAGAGAAACUUCAGCUUCAUGUAGAUCUGAUCCUAGAUAAGUUUUAUCCGGAUCUGAUCCUAGAGAAACUUCUCCUUCAUGUAGAUCUGAUCCUAGAGAAGUUUUAUCUGGAUCUGAUCCUAGAGAAACUUCAGCUUCAUGUAGAUCUGAUCCUAGAAAAACUUCAUCUUCAUGUAGAUCUGAUCCUAGAGAAAUUUAAUCUUCAUGUAGAUCUGAUCCGAGAGAAACUUCAGCUUCAUGUAGAUCUGAUCCUAGAUAAGUUUCAUCUGGAUCUGAUCCUAGAGAAACUUCAGCUUCAUGUAGAUCUGAUCCUAGAGAAGUUUCAUCCGGAUCUGAUCCUAGAGAAACUUCAGCUUCAUGUAGAUCUGAUCCUAAAUAGGUUUUAGCUUCAUGUAGAUCUGAUCCUAGAUAAGUUUUGGCUUCAUGUAGAUCUGAUCCUAAAGAAACUUCAGCUUCAUGUAGAUCUGAUCCUAGAGAAGCUUCGUCUUCAUGUAGAUCUGAUCCUAGAGAAGUUUCAUCCGCAUCUGAUCCUAGAGAAGCUUCAUCUUCAUGUAGAUCUGAUCCUAGAGAAACUUCGUCUUCAUGUAGAUCUGAUCCUAGAGGAGCUUCAGCUUCAUGUAGAUCUGAUCCUAGAGAAGUUUCAGCUUCAUGUAGAUCUGAUCCUAGAGAAGUUUCAUCCACAUCUGAUCCUAGAGAAGCUUCAUCUUCAUGUAGAUCUGAUCCUAGAGGAGCUUCAUCCGCAUCUGAUCCUAGAGAAGCUUCAUCUUCAUGUAGAUCUGAUCCUAGAGAAGUUUCAUCCGCAUCUGAUCCUAGAGAAGCUUCAUCUUCAUGUAGAUCUGAUCCUAGAGAAACUUCGUCUUCAUGUAGAUCUGAUCCUAGAGAAGCUUUAUCUUCAUGUAGAUCUGAUCCUAGAGGAGCUUCAGCUUCAUGUAGAUCUGAUCUUGGAAAGAGGUUUAGGGACAUGAAAGAUUGAUUUUUAUUUCAUGAUGUGAAUUUUAUGUUCUCAGUCAUAACCAGCAAUCUUCCUGUUUUCAGCUUUCAGAAACCGUUUGUUGUGUUUGAAAAUGUUCACCGGUUCUGUCAUGAUUUACUCAUUAACGAGCAGCACGAAUGAUGAUUAA